AUGGAGUUCUUCCCGAGCAAAGGACCAAGUGUUGUUGCCCGAACAGUGGACCUAUUGUUUGGCGGCAACAAAGAUGCUUUGAUAUUGGACGCAGGAGCUGGGACUGGAGUAGGAGGGAAAGAGCUUCAAAACCUUGGAUUUACAAACCUGGAGGCUUUGGAUGGUUGCCAGGCGAUGUUAGACAUAGCCAAUCAGAGGGGAGUUUACAACAGGACUAUUUGUGAUUUGUUAGGACCAAACAGAUUGGAUGUCGAUUCAGGCUAUUACGACUGUGUGGUGUGCGUUGGAGCUAUGGCGGCGGGCAAUGCCAAUGCUGGUUGCCUUCCAGAACUGAUCAGGAUAACAAAAUCUGGCGGGUAUGUUGUCAUAGCAACGAGAGAGAUACACAUCCCAGAAUGUGGGUAUGACGGCAAAAGUUGGGACGACUGCUUGAAGAUUCACGAAGACAACGGGCUGUGGAAGAAAGUGGAAAUAAAGAAAGUCGAAGACUAUUUUUGCGACCACAUUGGCAUCAUUUUCAUUUACCGCAUCAUGUAAAGACCAGACCCACAGUUUCAGUGUGAUAUCUGUAAAUGGUACAUUUUGAGAAAUGUUAACGUAGGAAUGCGUACCAAUCGACUGCCGUUCCAUUGCUUGAUAUGCGGUGAAUCAUCUGGGUAGUUUUCUGAGGGCUGA